AUGGAGUUCAUCGAUGGGAUCGGUGAGCUAAAGGCACUCCCUGAAGGAGUCCACCUUCUUUGCCCCCGACAAAGCGACGAUGACUACGGCCGAUACGAAGACCUCGAACAAGUGGAUGAAUCGGGCACACCAAUCAAGGACAUUGUGGCUCAAGCAAAAACCCGCAAAGAGACAUUUCUCUCAUCCAUGCGCAUUCUGGCAUAUCACAAAGAUGGAGUCGAAGAGCUUCAAAACUGGGUCCUCGGGAGACUCGACGAUUCCCUCGAAAAAUGCGACUUGUGUAUCAAACAUUACUACACAGGCAAGGUCUGGUUGGUGGAUCGAUUGAAGGAGGAAAAUUAUCAGGAAGACGACAUCGAGGCCUUUGCGCAGAGAAUCGACGAGUGGGAUAUCAAGAGAAUUACGCGCAACCUGAAAACGGCCACGGAGCAGCUGAGACAGACGCCUCCUCAGAAGAUUGGGCUGGAUGUCUUGGACAGAGCUGCGUUAUUGUCUAUCUUCGAGACAUUGAGCUGCGAGGCUAUGCUACGUAGCGAGAGUCUUUUGCAGGAACACUUCGACGAGCCAUUCAAGCUCAUCCAAACGAAACGAAGUCUCAAGGUCUCCGACUACAUUCCAGCUGUUACUCGAUUCCUCUUCGACUCAAAUCAGCUGCGAUGUUUCUGGGCGCACAGUUCAUGGGCACGAUACGCUCGGUCUCCUACCACCAUCGAAUUUGAAUGGGCAAUCCGGGAUGGACUUCGCUCAGCUCUACAGACUGCUUCGCUGCAACCACCCCAGUUGCCGGUCAUCGCGCGCUUGUGGAGAGGGAUGCAACCUGUUCUACGGAGAUUAGACAAAGAACAGAUCACACAUCAGUUGCGAGGUCUUGAGAUAGACCCUUUCCGUCUUUCUGUGGAUCACCUUUCUAUCCCCUCUCCUGGUUUGCGAUAUCUCUUGAAUACCAUCCAAAUCUUCCUUGAGAAAGCACCUGCGGACUUCUGGGAGGCCAUGCAGGCUAUCUCCCCCCAAGCCAUCAUGGAGCAAACUUUUUACAACACACAAUUCAAUAAUUAUCUCAUGGGGGCUACUGAGGGUGAGCCCUUCGAAAACUCCCCAUUGAAAGAUAUGCUUUCAUGGAUUCAUCCUUUCCUCAGUUCCCUGAAGGGUGCCCAUCAGCCAUCUGCCUGUCGGUUUUUGACCUUGCAAUUACUUGGCAGACUGCAGAAUUCUCAAUAUCCUAACCUGGCCCGGUAUCACUGUUUCCAUGUCGGCUUGACCAGCCUUCUCCAAACACUGCGUCGUUUCACAGACAACGAGUCUUCCCGAGGCUCAGUGACGCGGGUUGUGUUAGCAGAGACCAUGGGGGUAGUGAGCGAUACUAUCAACACAAUCAUCAACCCUCCGACGUUUGCUGUUGAACAGAGCCGCCAAGAGGAGAUCCGCAAUUUAUGCAUGGACGUGGUGCGCAAUACUUUGGCGCUGGAAUGCCAGUCGUUGAAAACAGAUUACGAGGUUAUUCUCAAGCACAACACCCUGUCACAUGGAGUUUCUACUUACUCCGCUCCCAUCUGGGAUGCUGUCAUCAAAAAUCUCAGCCAAAACAACUUACCACUGUCAGGGUCUGCAUUACUGGGUAUUCUGCCUCUCGUUGGUUUGGAGAAAUUUACCACUAAGGGUGAAACCAACCAGGAGAAGACCCAUUUCAACAUGAUUUAUGAACAUCUGAUCAAUCUCUCAUGUCGAAUCAUCGAACGUCUUGCAGACUUCCCAUCCGAUCAUCUGGACAAGUUGUUCCAAAGCCAGGACACAAGCAGCGCUGUGAUCUCUGCACUUUUCGCUGCAGACCUGGACACUUAUACAGCUGCAGUUGACCUGAUCAAAAACGCAACCGGUCAAUCUGCCCGACGAGAUGCCAUCUCCCAUCUCCUCCAGUCUUCUUUUACCACUACCGUCUACGGUCUCAGUUGGUCCUUCCGCCGAAUUUCGACAAUGAAAACAUUCGCGCCUGCGCCCAGAAUGUUGUACACCGGCACGGACAUUGUCGAGACGCUUUGUGACAACCAGAAUGGCAUCCUUCGCACUCGUAACCUUGCUGAUCGCCGAGAAGUAAUGGCACUCCAGAAGCUUUGGGAGUACCUGUGGUCGGCUCUCACCACGAUAUUCGACGAGACUGAGGCAUGGCACCUUCGGGGCAAUGACAAGUCUGUCAUGCUUGAGUUCUGUCGAGACACGAUUCAGUUUGCGGACUUUUUGUUCGACCAGUAUGGUGUCUUUCUCGGAGCUGUAAAAAAUGCGGAUCCAGGCCAAACAGCGGCAUCCGAAAACUUCCUCAAGUCUCCAACUGCGACAAUGAGUGCCAUGGUGAAAUGGUUAAGAUUGAAGGAUGAAUUCUUAGCGACAACACUUGUCGGGCUAGUUUCAAAGCUUUUGCGUAGACUGGGUGUAAUGGAAGUCACAACUGUGAAGCCAGAUGCAUUGAGCUUUAUUGAGGGGGUUGCUGUCAAUGGCACAAUCAAAACAAUAUUGACACCACGAGAGAAGGCGGAGCUGGUCCGCUCAUUGGAGGCAUACUACAAAAAGCCUGUGGUCACUGCUUCUACUGCUGCUCUCAAGAAACAGUCAUCUAUCACGGCUUUCGCCAAACCAUCUGACGUCUCGAGCCCCUCGCAUACCGUGAGCGAUGAUGAAUUCGAUGAUGAUUUGAAUGAUCAAACCCUUCUUGAGCUUUCAUCAUCUGUGGAAUUCAACAAGGCCCGUGUCGCUGCUGAAGCCAAGAGGAAGGCCGAGAAGGCGGCUAAGAUGCAAUUCCUUUCCUCCACGCUCAAGGCCCGCCCACCAGCUCCUAAGCCAGUUGUUCCGCCCCGUCCUAAAGAUGAUGCGACUUCAGUCCUAUCGUUCCGAGAAAAGCGCGAGCGCGAGAAGGAGGCGAAGAAAAAGCGCGAUGCUGUGGAGCUCGCGAGGCUCAAGAAGAGCAUGUCGACUAGUGGUGUUGGAGAACAAACCGCUGAGCAAGGCUCGGGCCUGAAAGGAAUCGGUAUUAAGGGCAAAGAUCAUGCAGUCCCUGCCGAUAGCAUGAUGGUGUCAUCCGGUUCCGAGUCGGAUACUGAAAGCGAAGACGAGUUGGAUAAGGAGUUGUUCGGCGCAAAACCCAAGAAACCCGAUGCUGUUGCAGCAUAUGAGCUGAGCAAGAAGCAAUCACUUCAGCAACAGCCAAUCAAAAAGGUCAAACGACAGCGUUCCAUCAGGGACAUGCGAGCUCGUCUGUCUCCUGAUCUCAGCUCUCUUCACCAUUCCAUUCUAUCAUGGGACUUCUUCGCAACUGGUGAUCUUCCCCCCUCCUCGGGCCGCACCGACUAUUCCCUUGUCUCAAACACGUUCCGCACGCCUGGUGAUUACCAGAGUACAUUCGAGCCCUUGUUGGUACUCGAGGCAUGGCAAGGAUUCCAGGCAGCGAAAGACGAAGGCUCUUUCCGACCCUUCGAGGUCAAGGUCAUGACCCGACUUGCUGUCGACACAUGGAUUGAGUUCAGUACACAGCCGCUUGGUAUACUACCAAAGGAUUUCAGCAUGGGUGAAGGUGAUUUGGUCCUGUUCUCCAGUUCCCCCAAACCGACAAAUGAUAAGAAUGCGCCUCACAUCCUUGCGCGUGUUUGCAAUGUGAACCGGAAGAGUGGAAAGCUGGAGGUCACUUACCGGGUGAAUCCCACAAACAACAAAUUUCUCUCUAACUUUGGGCCUGGCACCGAGACAUGGGGAGCCAAGAUCACAUCCUUGACCCCCGUGGAGCUCUGCUGUUGA